GUCAAACGCGAACCAAAUCAGUUCAAUCAGCUGUUUGUUUGUCAACAACAGCUGAGUCGAUGUUGAUUUUCGCUGUGAUUUUUUCCAAGCGCCGGUGGGCGUUUUGUUGAUGUUUUCAUCUGAAAGCCGUCGCAAUCGUGCGUCCAACCGUAGUCGAUAUGUGGAAAAACCUCCACCAAAUUCGAGCCUUCCGCAGCGGCAGCAAUGAUCGUUUUUCGUUUGUGACCACUCCGAUUUUCUACGUAAAUGCCGCACCACACAUCGGCCACCUCUAUUCUGCGAUAAUCGCAGACGCCAUACACCGUUUCAACGUUCUCACCAGUCCGGCGGCGUCUCACUUGGAGCCCCCAAUCUUUAGCACCGGCACGGACGAACAUGGCACAAAGAUUCAGCUGGCGGCCCAAGCGCACGCCGUCCCGGUGGCAACCUACUGCGGCCAAAUUUCCGACCAGUAUCGCAAGCUGUUCCGCAAUUUUGGCGUCGAUUACACGCGCUUCAUCCGCACAACGGAUCCGGACCACGUGUCGGCCGUCCAAUGCUUCUGGCAAGCUUUGGAACGCAGUGGAAGCGUGUACUCGGCCAACUAUGCCGGCUGGUACUGUGUGCCGGAUGAGACAUUCCUGACGGACAGUCAGUUGAAGGAAAACGACAGCGGAGUGAAGGUUUCCGUUGAGUCUGGCCACCCCGUUGAAUGGACAGAGGAAACGAACUAUAUGUUCAAGCUAAAUCGCCACCAGGACGAUGUUUUGUACUGGAUCAAACACUGUGAAGAUCGAAUCGUACCGCUGAAGUUCCGAAAGAUUUGUCUCGACUUCCUUCAGGAGCCGCUCCCGGAUAUCUCGAUUUCUCGUCCAAAAUCACGUGUUUCGUGGGGUGUCGAGGUUCCAUCUGACUCCACCCAGUCCGUGUACGUGUGGUUGGAUGCGUUGGUGAAUUAUUUAACCGUGACAGGCUUUCCUCACAUUGAGCACCAGCGAUGCUGGCCCCCUACCGUGCAGGUGCUAGGGAAGGACAUUCUGAAGUUCCACGGAAUAUAUUGGCCCGCAUUUUUGAUCGCUGCGCGAUUGGAGCCUCCGAAGCAGCUGCUCGUUCAUUCACACUGGACGGUGGACAACCAGAAGAUGUCCAAAAGCAAACUGAACGUGGUAGAUCCAAACGAGAGAGCUGCUCUUUAUACUCAUGAAGGGAUGCGAUACUUCCUGUUGAGAGAAGGUGUUGCACAUAGUGACGGAAAUUACAGCGAUACGAAAAUCAUUCGUAUUUUGAACGCGGAGCUAGCGGACACCCUGGGUAAUCUUCUAUCUCGAUGCUGUGGGAAAGCUCUCAACCCGGAAGCAGUAGUCCCCUCGUUCGAUCAAGAAACAUUCCAAGAGCUUAAAUCUUUGGAUACGACAAAACGAUUGCUGGACUUGUUGCAAGCGCUACCGGAGAAAUGUCACCUUCACUAUCGAGAGUAUAACUUCUACCUGGUCGUGGACAGCGUCAUUCAGUUGCUCCAUGCCGCGAACGGCUUCUUCGAAGGGACCACUCCCUGGACGCUGAAGAAAUCGGAGGACAAACCGAGGCUCCGAACUAUUCUUAACAUAACGAUGGAAGUUUUGCGCCAAGCGGGAAUUAUUUUGCAACCAAUCGUUCCCGUUAUGAGCGGACAACUUUUGGAUAAACUGAGUGUUCCCCGGAAGCGGAGGCUUUGGAGCGAUCUGAGGGUGAAUUUCGCCAUAACGGAGCGGUCUCUAAUGGGUUCGGAAGCGAUACUGUUCAGAAGGAUAGUGGCACCGAAAGAGGAGAAUGUCGUCAAGAAAGAACCCAAGAUGAAGAAGAUCAAACAAAAAAAUUAGAAAUUAUUGUACAAAGAGUUAACAAUAAAUUUAUUUGUACAAAAACGUAGGAGAAUAAUGUUAGAAAACUGGUUGAAUUAUCAACUAGGGGAAGACAGGGUAAGACCGCCCCCUAAGAAAACCAAAUUUCAGUUAAACGUCCUUUAGGAUUUCCCCUAUUUGUUGUGCUACAUUUAAUUGAGUAUAUGAUCAUUUACUACUGAAAAAAUGUGUAACUGUUGAUUGUAUAACUUUUUUUGGCGU